AUGGGCGCCUGCAUCAUUCUUCUCGCCACCCCGCGUCGUCGUCGUUGGGGCUGCUCUAACCGUGGUGGGCACCUCCGCGCUGGCAUCAUUCUCCUCGCCACCAUUGUUGCGACCAGUGUCGUCGGUGCAUGUGUUGCAGCCUUGCAGGCCGCUGUCGUGGACGGUUGGCUGCUGGAGGUUAUGAUCGGGGGAGACAACGAGCAGAAGGAGAUUGGGAAAGAGAGGGUGGAGGAGAAGACAACGAGAUCAUGA